AUGUUUUCGUCGCCUCUCUCAACUCGAAGUUUGUCACGAGGUGCCAGUCAUGAACCAAGCCGAACGGGCAGCACUCGGAAAUUAUUCAGAAAGAAUGGAGAGUUGUUCGGAGUUGCUCAUCCUAUUCAUGCUACCAAACCUGCCCGAGACGAUCGAUACUUUCCCGAAUCGACCUACGAUUCGACCUUUAUAACGCCCAUCACGGCCGAGCAAUUGCACUCGGGACGAAGACCACAUUCAGCUUCGGGGUGCAGCACUUCUACGAGGAGGACUCACUCCGUUCCGAAACCACUCGUUCCCUAUAAAGUAAAUGCCCCUCGAAAUUUGCUGCCGGUUCGAUUUCCUAAUGAAACGGUCAAUCAAAGAUAUCAACGAAAUGCAUCACAAUUUUCCUUAAAAGAUGGAUCCAAUUCGGAGAGAACUCGAUUCCGUACGACGAAUCAAGUCACUUAUAUCGAUAACCAGGGAUUUCCUGUUGGAUUUGAUAAUAAGGGAAUUUUAGCAGAGAAGACCAAGUGGUUCCAUCGUCGGCAAAAUGAUUAA